CAUCGAUGAGAAGCAUCAAGGUCAUAUACUGUAAGUCGCAAAUACAGAAUGAGCUGGACUGCAAAGAAUGACAUUGUCAUACUUGUCAUCUCGCUCUUUGGCUUUCAAGUGUCCCAGAGUUGGGAGUCGCAUGAAUGGGGAGGGACAUUCACUCAAGAGACCAUCUGCGGUCUGACAGGAACCACAGUGACCCUCACCUGCUCCAUCCGGUACCCACAAAGGCAUGAUGGCCAAAUCAUCAAGGUCAUAAAGGGACUGUGGUACACCAAAGUUUCCAACAGACAACCUCAAGAUCUGACGAUGGACCCUCGGUACUCUGGUCGUCUAGACCAAAAUUGUCAAGCUGCGCGGGUGCAGGUGAUCAAGGCUGAAGAGAGAGGUUCUUACACGUUCGCUUCACUGUCAUGCCACACAAGCUGCAGUCCUGCAGUUUCGUCUUGGUGCUGGAAGCGAAAACCAAGCCGAAAUGAUGACUGUUUAACUGACCAUUGGACAAAAGAAUCGGAAGUAUAUUUACUUCCAGGACAAUACAUCACCUGUGCUGUUGAAGGAUAUCCAUUAAGUGCGUCUCCUCCACUGUAUGCUCUGGAAGCCCCCAGGGUGUUAAGUACAAAAAAUGAGAUCAUGGAGGGGGAUUCACUGACUCUUACCUGCAGAGCUGACACCCCAACAUCAUCAGGACACCGCUGGUGCAAGAAGACUGGAACUUCAGACUGGGAGGUCAUGAGUUAUGGAGAAUAUCUGUUCUUCAGCUCCAUCCAGUCUUCAGAUUUAGCUGUGUAUUGUUGUGUCGUGGAGAAUGAUCUGGGGCAGAAGAUGUCGCAACCUUUCAUAAUUGAUGUAAAAUAUGCUCCAAAGUACCUUUAUUUGCGGGUGGAUCCAUUAAACGUCAUUGCGGAGGGAAAUCAAGUGAAACUUACCUGCAGCAGUGACGCUAACCCAGCUGCUAGCUUCACCUGGUACAAGGGCCAAACUAGGAUCAGGUCUUCAGGAAGAAAUUACGUUUUCAACUCCAUACGCCCCGAAGAUUCUGGGAGCUUCUACUGCAAAGCCCACAAUAAACAUGGAGACGUCACCUCUGUCCCGGUGUUCAUAGACGUUCAAUAUGCUCCAAGGCCCUGCUAUUUGUCGGUGGAUCCAAUAGAAGAAAUCAAGGAGGGAAAUCAAGUGAAACUUACCUGCAGCAGUGACGCUAACCCAGCUGCUAGCUUCACCUGGUACAAGGGCCAAACUAUGCUCGGGUCUUCAGAAAGAAAUUACGUUUUCAACUCCAUACGCCCCGAAGAUUCUGGGAGCUUCUACUGCAAGGCCCACAAUAAAUAUGGAGACGUCACCUCUGACCAGGUGGACAUAGACAUUCAAUAUGUUCCUCGCAUUCCAAGCAUUUCAGCAAUACCCUCCUCCAACGUCAGAAUGGGUUCUUCGGUCAAUCUGACAUGUAGCAGUGAUGCUAACCCUGCCGCUAGCUACUUUUGGUUCAAGGACAACGAAGAGUCUCCUAAUUCCACGGGGGCCGUGUUAAACAUCAUCAACUUCCAACUACACAACGAAGGCGCAUAUCACUGUGAGGCCCGAAACUUCAAGGGAAGCCAAAGGGCCACACUCCUGGUUCAAGCAGAGAAUUUUAGGUCAUGGUCACAGGGUGCUGCGGUGGCUGUGCGCUGUGGCACAGUUGGCAUCGUGCUCAUCCUGCUUUUAGUCACCGUCCUGCUGUUCUGGAAAAAGACUACGUCGAAAGGCAGGAUGCACUUAUCUCAGGUGAGGCAAAAAAUGUACUAAACUUCAUUGUUUUAAUAUCAAUAUCAACAACGCUAAACAUUUUAUACAUAUGGCCAAGUCAAAGGGCAGCUGAAGAGCUUUUCAGAUUUCAGUGUAAUUUUACGAAUAUAAACUUUGGACGUGUUCAUCAAAACAUCCAUGUCAUUUUUAACGCGUAACUGGGAGGGUAAUUUGCAGGGGGGGUUUUUGGCUUUUUUGCACUCCGUUAAUAGUCCCUUCCCAAACCCGGAAGUGUGAUGUAAAUUCCUGAACGCAACAGAAACUAUCCACAGCUGGAAUAGCAGCAGCAACGAUAUCGGUGAUAGUACCAUUGAAAGUAACCAUUCAGGUUUGCUCUUUCGUGACACUGACGAUGGCAAAGGCUACAAGGAAAUAUUAUCUACAAUUAAUCCCUACAUGUUUGAACCUGAGGUGUUAGAUGACGACGAUUUACUCGGCACAGCAGACGAGGGUGAUGACGCCGGUUGGCAGAUCAACAUAACGAAAGGAAGAGUGGUCGGCGUCUUGCAUCGUGUUUUCUCUCUGAACCAAAACAGAUGAGUAGUUAUAUAGAUCUAGCAAUAAUUUAAUAAAUCUAUUGUAACGAAUCGGGUUAUAAUGUAGCGGGUGUAUUUGCAUACAUUAUUAAAUGCUCCGCAUGAGUUAGGGGAGUGAGAGAGGUGCGACGGAGCAUGACGUUUCCCAGUUGUUGCUGGUUGUUUUGUUGGUGUCGGUUGCGGCAGACAUCAGCCGUGUUGUUCCCUCAAGUUCCAAAAAUAAAGAAUAGCAACCUGACUAAUCGGGCGACUCUUUGUCGACGUCACAGUAUCAAAUUGAAAUGAAUAGAGAACAUGUCAGUUGUCUGAUGACAGGCAAGCAACAACAACAACAAAAACAGGUCGCGAUCAAGUAAUAAACGUAUCAAAUUGCCAGGAAGGGUCACUUACGUCGUGGAAAAACCAAGGUUGUAACCUCCAAGGCUUUUAAAGCUGUCCUCGCUGAAAUGUUGAAAACAAAGACGCGAUCGAGGAGCAGGGGAGAAGUUCUACCUAUUGACUCUCACAAAAGAUGUCCAAAAUUCUUGCAGAAGGUUUUUUGGGCCACUCAUAGACAGUGUUGUUAAUCUUACUGAAAAAAAGUAAUUAAUUAUAGUUACAAAUUACUUCUCCCAAAAAGUAAUUGCGUUAGUAACUCAAUUACCUGAAUGUAAGAGUAAUUAGUUACUUGGCAAAGUAAUUGGUGAUAAUUAUUAUUAAUUUUUUUUUCCCCUCCAAAAAAAAAAAAAAAAAAAAAAAAAAAAACCCUUGGCCACACUAUGUGAAGUUUUUUGUGGAGGUUUUUGGUACAAUUGGCCCGAGCCCAAUUCUUUACCCUAAUUUACCCUUUAACCUGAAUCAACUGUUAAAAAGUUGUUAAAAUUGCUCCCAUUAUUGCAUGAGUUCCCUUCUCUCUACUUUAGACAUAUGAAAGUUUUAAAACUGUUUCAUCAUUUAAAGAUAGAUUCAAGUCAAGAUUUUGCCGAUUUAGAAGUAUUUUAGAUAAAAAGUUACUUAGGUUCGCUAGGAAGGUUCUCUACAACAGAGCCGUCCUAAAAAGCCUACUGCUUUAAGAUGGCGGCUGUCUACUAAUGCAUUUAGUGCCAUGUCUGUCAUUUUGCAUCUAGUUAUAUCUAUAUACAGUACAUGUGUUAUCUACCAUGUCUACCAUAUCUAACAUGCGGGCGUAGUUUGUCGGCUAUCGGCUACAACAUGUAUUAUUGGAGCUACCUAGCAUCGCGUUUGCUCGGCGUCACAACUUUCUUGCGUCCUCCCCG